UUUACCGAAAGAACCAAGAAUAUUAAUCACUGCAGUCACGAAAGCUUUAACUCGAAAUGUAAAUAUUAUUGUGUUUGUUAAUGGGAUGGGGGCACGCUGUGGUUCAACGCAGGAGGAGGAUGAUGAUGAUGAGGCGUGGCAUGGCCGUGCAGGCGCAGUGCUUCGCGCACCGAAUCGCUUAAGUCACCAUGCCAGCUAAGAAUCGAUUGAUUUUCUGAGCUAAUUUGUUACUGUCUUGUUUAGUCUCGUUAAUUCCGGGUGCCCAAACGUACCAUUCUCCAGCGUACACACACGUGCACCCAGGGAGGGUGUUUAAUAAGAUAUGAUGUCUUCUUGGGCGCGGAUUUUGUUUGAUGCAUGAAUCGAAAAAAGCGAAUCAAUGGAAUGGAUUCGCUGGAAUGUUGGGAGCGUCACGAAGUUGCUCAACGUGAACCGGACGGAGGUCGGAGAGUCGCAGUGCAGAGCUCACGAGCAGCGUCUCUUGGUACCAUGAGGAUCAUGCUUCUGGGCUUGGUCUUGCUGCUGAUGAGCCCCAUUGGCAAUGCAGACCCACACCCUCGCAAGCCCAAUUUUGUGUUGAUGAUGGCCGACGAUCUGGGAAUAGGAGACGUUGGCUGUUAUGGAAAUAACACCAUUAAGACCCCUAAUAUUGACCGUCUCGCCCAAGAAGGAGUCAAGCUGACUCAGCACAUUGCUGCUGCUUCACUGUGCACCCCAAGCCGAGCGGCGUUUCUCACUGGGCGUUACCCUGUCCGCUCUGGAAUGGCUUCAAGUGGAUAUUUGCGUGUUUUCAUUUUCAAUGCCAAUUCCGGAGGUCUUCCCACAAGUGAAAUUACAUUCCCCAAAUUGUUAAAGGAGAAGGGCUAUUCCACUGCGAUAAUAGGAAAGUGGCACCAGGGGCUGAACUGUGACGUGGCAGGAGAUCACUGCCAUCACCCGCUGAGCCAUGGAUUUGACUAUUUCUAUGGAAUGCCGAUGACAAACCUACGGGACUGCAAGCAAGGGGAAGCCAGUGUGAUAAUCGCAGGAAGCUCCAAGUUAGCCAUAUCUCUUGCUACCUUCUCCCUGCCACUUCUGCUUGCCCUACUCCUUUCCCAUUGGGCAGGGCUUGUGCGCAUUCCGAGAACCAUAUGGUUCGCUCUCGGUGUACUUUUGGUGAGCGUCAUUGGACUUAUUGUGUUCACCAUUAGUCACACACGGAUGCUAAACUGCAUUCUGAUGCUGAACCACGAGGUCAUUCAACAACCGCUUGUGUUGGAAAACCUUACGCAGAGGAUUGUUUCCCAAGCCAUUGGCUACAUUGACAGGAACCGCGAUGGCCCCUUCAUGCUGUUCUUGUCAUUUGUCCACGUCCACACGGCGCUGUUCGCCGCCAAGCGGUUCCACGGAACGAGCAAGCACGGUUUCUACGGCGACAACGUGCACGAGAUGGACUGGGCGGUUGGUGAGGUAGUUAACCACCUGGAGAAGCUGGGACUCAGUGACAACACCCUCGUGUACUUUACAUCAGACCAGGGCGGACAUUUGGAAGAGAUUAGUAACUCUGGAGAUGUGGAAGGUGGAUGGAAUGGUAUUUAUAGAGGUGGGAAGUCGAUGGGUGGUUUUGAUGGUGGAAUUCGUGUGCCUGGAGUCCUUCGAUGGCCAGGAGUGCUCCCUGCGAGUGUCCAAGUGGACCACCCCACCAGCCUCAUGGACAUAUACCCAACAGUGCUGUCACUGGCUGGAGCCAGUCUACCAGAGGGCAGGGUGAUCGAUGGGAAGGACCUGCUGCCCCUGCUGCUGGGAAAUCGGAGCUACUCGGAGCACGAGUUUCUCUUCCACUACUGUGGCACACACCUCAAUGCCGUGCGCUGGGUGCCUCGCGACAGCCAGCUCAUCUGGAAGGUGCAUUUCUUUUCGCCGAUCUUUUUUCCUGCCGGAAGCAAUGGAUGUUACAACACGGUCAUUUGCCACUGCCACGGCAGCUUUGUGCAGACACACGACCCCCCACUGGUCUUCGAGAUGCAAAGCGAUCCUUCAGAGAGCUCCCCUUUGGCCGUCACAAGCGCCGCUGUCCAGGAGGUGCUGGCUGUGGUCCAGAGGGCCGUGUCCUCGCACCAACAGAGUCUCACGCCGGUGCCCAGCCAAUUCUCCUUAAACAACUUGCUCUGGAAGCCCUGGCUGCAGCCUUGUUGUGGCUUUCUUCCAUCGUGUGGCUGUGACAACGAUGCGACCCUCCCGCAUGAAUAAACAUGCCAGUGGAAGGGGAAUUUAAUGAAAAUUAUUUGUUUGAUCAGUUAUCACAUUUGCCUUCAAACGCACUGGUACUCUACAACAUUUUAUUUAAUUUACCAUCAAUAUUACCGCUGUCCAGGUAUUGGGAUCCUAGGAUAGAAUAUGCAUUACAAAUGUUUAUUAUUGUUAUAAUGGGACGUGCCCAAUGGCAUGUCUACCGAGAAGAGAGAGCGAUGAAAUAAGUGUGUGUGUGCAGGUGCUGGGUGGAUUGUUAUAUCACAAGAUCGUGUGAGGUAGCGUUGGCUUGGGGCGGCCUUCAUCCAGCAGUGGAUUGACCAUGGCUGAUGGAGACAGUGGAUAUUUUCAGUCGUUUCGAUGGCAGUCUUAUAUGACUCUUGAGAGAUGUUUUCUCAAACGGGUUUCUGAAACAUUUGUACCUCAAAGAGUUACUGUUUGUGCACAUAUUCUUUGGGUCUUUCGGUAAAGCCAUGUAGAUAGAAAAAAAAUCAAAAUAAUAACAAUAUCACGACGUUUCGAUCGCAACAUAAGCAAUUGUCUUCAGGUGAAAAAAGAGGGGGAAA